AUGCUUGACAAGGAUGCUUCCUCAAUACUCAUCUGUUGGGGUGAAAAGGAACGUUGUCACAUUGUUCCAGUGAUAGUCGCUGAUUCUGCUGAUGAGGUUACAGCAUGGCGGGAAAUUUCCCGGGCAUUCUAUGCAUUCAAGGGGAGCUGGAGAAGAUAUAUACCGGCAUUUGGUGUGAAGCAAGUGGAUGUUGUUGAGAUCUCAAUCGCAGGGAGGAAACUGGAGAUGAACAAUCGAUCAACAAGCAACAUUGAAUACGUUGGCAUACAUACAAGCGAGGACUAUCUCACCAAAAGGAAAAACUUGGAGCAGAUCAUCGAAAAUUACCGGCCCCAGGAUUUUCCUUGCCCAUACAACCCUUCCACCGGUACAGUGGAUUGUCUCGGUAAUUGUAUAUCGCGCAUUAUUGAUGAGUAUGGGGAAUGCCCAGAGGAGACUCUGUACAAGUCACAACGCGAGCUUGUACAGCUUGAUACUCGGAAACUGCUCAGUCAACUUUUCUUUCAUGCCGAAUUUGCUGAGUUGAAUUGCCUUCUUAACAAAGAGGGUUUAAUGAAUGGCCAUCAAGAUAUCUACAGGAAACUGGAUGAAUGGCAUUGCCCAGAACUGGGCGAACUCCAGUUUCGUGGCUUAAAUAUCAGCGAGGGUUGGAACAGCAAUCCACAGCACAUAAUCUUACCUCUAACAGUGAUAUUGAUCCUUCUGGCUAUAAUUUUCGCAAGGUUUAUUUUCAACGACUGGGGAACGGCAUGGAAUGUUGGCGGCUUCCUUGUCUCUUUGGUAACCCUCCUGUGGAUGUGGGCCAACCAUUUCAUCAGUUGA